UAAUGUUCUUUUUAAAGAACUGAAACCUGCGCUAGCAGGCUCUGUUAAAUGCCACUAACUGCUUUAAAGGUUAAUGAUCCAAAUACUCUCUUGAGUUGUGCUCUUUACUCAGAGUACCUCUUUGUUUACUUCCUUUUUUCUGUUGAUUUAGUUAUACAAAACGAGCACUUGAUUUGCUAUUACUUGUUUAUAAAGUCUGUUCCUCUCUGAGGGCGGCUGCUGUGCUGGUUGCGUUGGUGUUGCUGUUUACCUCUGAUGUUACAAAGAACACUAGUGUAGCACCCUGUAUUAUUCAGUGAAGGAAUCCUCUGUUUUAUGGGUGGCACUGAAAAUGGGACUGCUGCAUUGAUAUGGUGGUGUUGUGGUGAAAUCACCAUGAGUUGGCUGUUUGGGUGUGUUCCAUCUUGUGAGGACUUCUGCCUGUUUCUGACACAUGUCAAGUUCAGGGUUAAAAACCUCCUGGAAAAUCUUUUUGAGCUGUGAGCUGAGACUACAGAGGGUUGUGAGUCAUUAUUUAACCUUCAUGGGAUCAAUCAUCAUGUACAGUCACCCGUUAUUUAGCACCCAGGGCCUUGAGCUCUGUGGGGAAGCCCCGCUGGUGGUUCUGACAUUUACAGAAUGCUGUGGGGAACAUGAGGCCCAGGGCACCCCUGAACCUUCCCCAGGCUACACCCUUUACUGGCCCUGUUUUGCACAGCAAACCAAUGGCAAAACGUGGUUUCAUUUCAUUUAUAGAGGUGCACACUCUGAAAGGGUGCAGAAGUGCCCUAUGGCAGAUAAACUUGGAAUACCUCAAGCAACAGUGUGUGACUGUGCGUAAGUAAAAGUGACUUUGGGGAGAGAUAUCUCUGGAAAGACCGCAAGCAAUCAUGACCUCUUCCAUCUUUGCUUCUCAGAAAAUGGCAUUCAGUGACAUAUUGCCUCUAAGAAAUCACCAUCCAUGAUGAGCAUAGGCUUGGCGAAAGCGCUGGUUCGUGUUGCGCCAGGGCCGAAUGAGCGGAAACCCUGAUGUCCUAGAGUAUUACCGAAACAGCCAUUCCAAAAAACCCAUCCGGGUGAUCGACCUGAAUGAAUGUGAGGUGGUGAAGCACUCGGGCUCGAGCUUCAUCAAGAAAGAAUUCCAAAACAACUUUGUCUUCAUUGUGAAAACGACUUACCGCACCUUCUACCUGGUGGCCAAAUCGGAGGAGGAAAUGCAGGCUUGGGUGCACCACAUCACCCAAAUCUGCAACUUCGGACAUUUGGAAGAUGGAACAGAUUCCGGAGACAGCCUCUCCCACACCACCACUUCCCCGCAACCUUCACCAGCCGCCUCUGCCCACGCCUUGAGGGUUGCAGACCCUUCCCUUUUGGCCGACCAGGCUGCUGCGGAUGCUUCUGCUGCAGAGGAGACAGCAAGCGAGUCAGAGUCUGUCUUCCUUCCUGACUAUCUGUUCUUAUCGAACUGUGAGACCGGAAAACUCAGUCAUGUCAGGUGCCACAGCUGGUCCAAUUCUGACCGAUCCCUGGAGCAGACUUCAUCAGACGAUGUCUUUGUUGACUUUGUGGCAUCUCAGCCCUCACUUUAUCUACAGCCUUCUGGCAUCCUGCUGCAAGAGAUGCCCCAGACAAUGGGUCAUGGGGCUCUUCUCAAGAAUGCAGAUUCAAGCGGUCCCCCUUCUAGCGAUUUCUCCUCUUCCUCACCACUUUCAGGACCUCCCUUGACACCAACCUUAUUGGUUGAUAAAAGCCCGAGUGCUCUUUCCUAUGGCAUUACUGAACUUGAUGUUCUGGGCAAUACCCCACCACCAAGGCCUCCUAAGCCAACCCACUUUGCAGACAAACGGGUUGAAGAGCCAUCCAGUGGGGCCCUUCAGAAUGGACACGUUGGGAUCUCGUGUGCUCAAGGGGCAUUGGUGCCAAGGAGAAUCUCCUUGUCUGGAUUGGACAGCAUGAGAAGUUGGAGAGCUGACUUGGAAGGAAAUUCCCUAAGACGCAGGGAUAAGAGGCUUAGCUUGAAUCUGGUUCAAUCCCCGGCAUCUGCAGGUGGAGUUGAGAGAGAUCCUCGUCUGAAACCUUGGAGAGCUUCUGCCAGUCAGUGUAGAGGAUACCAAGCAAGAUGGACCAAUAAGGCAGCUUCCUCUCCAAGUCGUUUUAGCCCUCUCUACUCCUGCACAUCAAAUAGUUCCGAGGACAGUUAUGUGCCUAUGCACCCCAGCAUCUCCCCACCGAUCCCAGGAUCUGACUGCACACCUGACGGCUACAUUCCCAUGAGUCCAGGCUCAGCUACGUUUAUCCAUUCUGCAGCCAGCAUAGAAAAAAUCUCCAGCCCUCUGCCUGAGCUCCCCACAGACCUGGAACCACCUCCGGUGAACCGGGAUCUCAAGCCUCGUCGAAAAUUCCGACCACCUCCGCUGGACCUGCGAAACCUUUCCACCAUCCGAGAACAUGCUGCCUUAACCAGGACGUGGACUGUGCCUUACAAUCGAACAAGCUUUAUCUCUCCAGAAAGAGACUGCAUUAAUUCAGCGAGAGUAUUUGCCAGUUCAGUUUCCGGAGAGGAAGAAGAAAGUUACAUUCAAAUGGAGCAAGCAACAUCUCCAUGCAAUGGAGCAUUCCAAUGGCCAAAGAACUUCAGCCUUGAUUAUUUAGCACUGGAUUUUAAUUCCGCUUCUCCGUCUCCUGUACAAAAGAAACCUUUCCUAUCUGAAGAACAAAGAGUGGAUUAUGUCCAAGUAGAUGAGCAAAGAACUCAAGCUCUCCAGAACACUAAGCAGGAAUGGACAGAUGAAAGGCAAUCCAAAGUUUGAAGAGAGAAGCGUUGACUAGCUUGAAUUUGCACAUUAAAAUCCAGGAAGUUUGGAUGAUUCAGCAGUGCCAGUGCAAAGCAGAAGUCUCUGGCAUUGUGAAAUAGAGUGAUGGUCAGCCGCUUUCUUUAGAAGCCACAUCUUUUGGGGGUGGAAGGAGCACAUCAGUGAGAGAGGAUUGAGUUGUGCUAUGUCCAGAUCACAUAGUCACUGUCAUCUUCUCAAUCCCUCCUUCCAGUAAGGACCUGUGGUACCAUUUUAACACCUGAAUUUGGUCCUCUCUAAACACUUAAUGGGAACAAAAGUCUUGCAAUGUCACAUGAAACACUGCAGUUACUUAUUCCUGUUUUAGAUAUAUGUAUAUAAAUGUAUAUAUCCCUGCCUAUUUAACAGAUGCUGCAUACACUGUAGUGUCUGGUACUGACAGGUGUUUGAGAAUAAGGGCUAAACAUUGGAAACAAUUUAAAAACAAACUUCUUUUUUUUUGCAGGGGUGGGGGGAGUGGGAGUUGAGGAUUUCCCUUAGUAUAAUAUGUUUAACUGUCAUUCAUUUAUUGAAGAAUGUAAAUAGAACUUUGCACUGUUGACAAUGGAAAUAAUUGUUCCCCUCUUGUGCUCAUCAUGCAUCAUGGAAAACUCACAUCCACCACAGUUAAUCUUGCCCUACUUUCGUGGCCACCUUUCCAUCUGAUGAGCUCACAAUACAUUUGGGGUUUUCCUUUUCCUUCUGUUAUGACCUGUGCUGCAAGGAGUUGCUUCCAACGUAGCACAAGCCCUACUGUGCAUCCUCUCACUUAACUGAACCUUUCCGAAAGAAAUCAAUGGAAGCAGCAAAGCUAUUUCUUCUUUCAUUAAAACAAAGCCUUGACACAGUCGGUCAAGCACCAGAAAGCAUUAUCUACACAGUAAAGGAAGAGAAUGGCAUUGAGAUACACAGGGAUAGUCAUCUGGCUUAUGGAUCUCAACCAGGGCAUUCGUCCCAGAUGGCAGAGCAAGGAUUUUGCUCCCACCAUUGAUGCUAGGAAAUGUCUGGAACAGACUUGCUAAAGCCUUUUAGCAGUAAUAUAAUUCACUUCACAUUUAGCCUUCUUUUAAUAAAAAUAAAUGAGGAUAUAGCAACUCCGGUCUUCUGUUGGGGGCAGUGGUUUGCUAAAUUGGGACUGUUUUAAUGUUUCAAAGGGCUUCCACUCCCCCAGUUACCACCUCUCCCUCCCCAUCCCUGCUGACAGGGCUGCUUUGUUUAUAACAGCUUAGUAGCAGGCUGAAAUUGAACCAAUGAAGCUUUCACUAAUCACUGCUCCUACAUACACUGCUGGUUGGAUAUCUCUUGGGGCCGGCUACAACACUGCUGCCUGUACAGACACUGCCAGUAAAGAAAAAGGGUAACUGCCAAUAAUUAGGUCUUGCAAACAGGUUCAUUUCAAUGAGUUGCUUGGUAGGGGUGGGCAACAUGUCACCCUUUAGAUAGUCAUGGACCAGAACUCCCAGCAUUCUUGACCAUUGGCCAUGCUGGUUGAGGUGAAUGGGAGCUGGGGGUCCAGCAACAUCUGGAUGGUCCCAGAUUCCCCAUCUCUGAUGUUAGCACUGUGCAAGCUCCCUGUCCCUCUUUCAGUUCAAGACACAAUUCAGUUUGGAUCAAUUCACACCCAACAUCCAAAUCAAAAUUUGGAGAUCCGAAUCUUCAGUCCUCAGAGAGGCAUGUAUUGGGAAGCCAAAAUGACCACAAUCCUCCCCCUAGAUGCAUGACAUUUGAAUACAUGGUAGCUCCUCCAGAGAGGGUUUCAAAUAGGUAGAUCCAGGGGUUUAUGUGCUAGCCAUCUUUAAAGCUUGUCCCCCUUCACACACAAAUAAAGUGUUUCAAAAGUAAAA